AUGUUGUCCUACCCAAGAAGUCCAACUCCACCGGAGGAUAGAAGCCCUCCUCGCUCGCAAUCGCCACACUGCGUCAGUUGGGCGCCCGAGGUCACUGAAACAUGGGCACAGCAGACAGAAAUCACUUGGUCUAGCUCUGAUUUCCUCCCAUUUCACGACAAAUGGUUCCUGAACGAUACAGUGCCAGCACCACCAGAGCUUGCAAGCCCACAUAGAUAUCAUGCCAUCCAGGAUUCACAGGUCCGACUCCUGCGCCUGGCCCCGGGCGACCAGGGCGACCCUCUCCGCUGUGCUCUGAAGCCCGUGGACCUGCGGCGGAUUGCCCACGUCGCCGACGGCAGGCGGCCGGCUUAUAAGUACCAGGCCCUCUCCUACGCCUGGGGAGACGAGGAGCCGACGGAGAAUCUUAUGAUCAACGUGGAGCCGAACCCGCAGGUCAUCGACGAUGUCUUCCGCCAGAGCCUGCAGGAUGACCUGCGAAACAAGGCCGUUGGCUUGCUCAAGAUACGGCCUAACCUGAUGCAGGCCUUGGUGCGCCUUCGAGCCAAGAAGGAGGCCAUCUGGCUUUGGGUCGAUGCAAUAUGUAUCAACCAGGAGGACGAGCUCGAGAAGAACCACCAACUCACCAAGAUGCCCACUGUUUUCGGGAACGCCUGGUCUGUGGCUAUAUGGAUUGGCCACGACAGCGACCCAACGGCCCAGGACAUGGCCAUGAAGUUUAUCCCCACCAUACUGAACCUCACGCUUCUGGAUAGGUUGCUGGCUAGGUCAAAACCAGAAGAAGCAACGUUGAAGUACUGGGUAGCCUUCGCAGCGCUACUCAGGCGCCCCUGGUUCAGCAGACGAUGGGUCAUCCAGGAAGUUGCCUUUGCCAAGAGGGCGGCGUUGCGCUGCGGCGACAACAUUGUCAACUGGCUGGACUUUGUCGAUGCUGUGGAGCUGUUCUUCCGGAAGCUGAAUCGCAUACGCGCGCUCUACAGCGCCUCCGAGCUCUCAAAACAGAGGCCGGACGCGCUCAACCGUGUAGAGUCCGCGGGCGCACUCGCCCUCCUGCAAGCGUCCAAUGGUGUCCUGAGGAAAGGGGCGAACGGAGCAGUCCUGGAUAGGCUGUGGCGCCUGGAAGCUUUAGUGAUGAGGUUCACCUCUUUUGAGACCACAGACCCGCGCGAUACGGUCUACGCGCUCAUGUCCUUGGCCUCCGACGUACCUAUAGACAGCAAUGGGGCCGAGGGUCACUCGGACGAGACAGAAGGCCAUCAAACGCUAAUAUCUCAGUAUCACCGGGAUCCCGUCGACACUUUCAUAGACUUUGUCAAGUCUUGCAUUGAAACAUCAGGGUCGCUAGAUGUGAUCUGCCGGCAUUGGGCACCGGCACUGAAGGAGGAGAUGCCAUCGUGGAUCGGACUUGUGGACCAGGCGCCAUUCGGGCCCCCAGGCCGGUUUAUGGGCAGAAUUAACGGCGAUAGUUUAGUCGGGGACCCAGGAAGCCAGGUCUUUAAUGCGUCAAAGGGAACGAAAGCGUCCGUGACCUUUCCCCUCUUCCAAGACGCCGCCCGGGUCGAGAGGCAUCCACACUCAGCAGACCAAGAUAAUAAGAAACGGAAGCGUCAGGAUGACGACUCAGAGUCAGUAGACAUGACACUGGGAGAGGGGACUCCUGUACGAGAAACGCAGCCCGCCGAUGGGUCCGCCCGGCCCGCACAGAACGCCGGAACACACCAAGACCUAUCCACUCAGGGAGAAAAAACGUCAACAACCGCCGAUCGUUCGAAAUCAGACCAAAGCCAGACACCGGAGCAGGGCCUGCGGAUCCGGCAUUUCAAGGGUACCCUCCUAGUCAAGGGCCUCGUGCUGCGGCGCAUCCGGCGCGUGAGCCCGCGCGUGGUCGACGGCACCAUCUCGGACGAGUGCCUGGAGCUGCUGGGGUGGCAGCGGGGCAACGGGGCGGCGGCGGCGGCGACGGACGUCAACGAGAUCCCGGACCCGCUCUGGCGCACGCUGGUGGCGGACCGGGGCUUCAACGGGCGCAACGCGCCGACGUGGUGCAAGCGCGCCUGCGCGCACGCCCUGACGCGCACCAGCCCCGAGGGCGACCUCAACACGUCCAAGAUCCUCGAGCGCGCCGUCGUGCCCGACCUGGUCAUGGAGUUCCUGCGCCGCGUGCAGAGCGUCGUCUGGAGCCGCAAGUUCUUCGAGACCGGGCCCUGGCUCGGCGACCAGAGGCCCGCCGCGGUCGCCGCCCCCGCCGAGGCGGCCGGGGCCGGGGCCGAGGACUCGGCGCCGCUCGUCGGCAUGGGCUCGCGCCACAUCCGCGCCCGCGACCUCGUCUGCAUCCUCUUCGGCUGCUCCGUGCCCGUGAUCCUGCGCCCGCUGGGGACCUCGGCCGCCAACAAGACCGUCACGGUCAGGUCCAUGGGCGAGUGCUUCGUGUACGGCAAGAUGGACGGCGAGGCGUUUGCGGGCCUGAGCAAAGACGAUGUGGAUGCCCGGACUGUUACGUUUGAGAUGUGGUAG